AUGUCUAUUCAAGGAACCGAAGAGGGGCGUUGUUGCUCACACAGCUACAUCCAGGAUGAUAGAAGAAGAUCAGCAAAUGGCGGAUUGGGUCGCGACAUCUCUGAUGAGCUCUGGCAAGCCGCGACCCAGACAGUUAACGCUAUGGUGAAGCAUCCGGGGUCCGAAGAGCCAAAUGAAACUAAUCCAGCACGAGCAAAACGUUUUGACAGUGCCAUGAAAGCUUGGAUAGAGGGUACAGGAUACGAUCUUCAAUAUGUCAUUGAUAACUACUCCCGGAAGGAGAUUAGUAAUGGUACUGUCGUUGAUGUCGGCGACUCGCAUGGCUUUGCCUGCACACGACUUAUGAAAGCAUUCCCUAACCUCAACUUCAUUGUUCAAGACCUUUCGCCAGUAGUUGAAGCUGGUGCCAAGACUGUCCCCUCGGAGCUUCCAGACAAAAUCAAGUUCAUAGCCUAUGACUUUUUGAAAGAACAGCCUAUCAAGAAUGCGGACAUCUAUUUCUUCCGAUGGAUUUUCUACAACCAGUCUAACAAAUACUGCCUUUAAAUACUGCGCAAUUAAAUUCCCGCUCUCAAAAAAGGUGCGCGCAUUUUCAUCAACGAUAAUGUACUUCCAGAGCCUGGAACUUGGCCAAGAUGGCGCGAGGAACAUUUGAGAUCUAUAGAUCUUACCAUGUUGGAGUUACAAAACUCGAGGGAAAGAGAAUUGGAAGAUUGAACUAAACUCUUCGAAGAUGCGGAUC